CUUGACUUGACGGAGUGAUCUACAGGACCAAGCCUGGCGUUUACGUUAACUACCUACCACAGCGCUCCAAUUUACAUCAUCAUUCACAAACACAACAGCUAACCGCCGCCAUGGUCUCCCCAACCCCAUCGAUAGCCGAAGCCCAACAACGCGUCAAAGACGAAGGCUGGUGCGUGAUCCCCGACAUCCUCAGCAAAGACGAAGCGAAAAACGUCCUCGACGAACUCUGGGCCAUAGCAGCAGCCGCUCAAAAGCGAGGCGAAGACACCUUCCUCCCCUUCCUCGACCCAAACGAAAGCAACGUGCGCGUCUUCUACCUCCUCGAACACGCGCUCUUCCGCAACCUUAUCCAGCAUCCCACCGCCAUCCAAAUGGUGAAGAGCGUGUUGGGCGAGAACUUCCUCAUCUCCAAUUUCACUGCCAACAUUGCUCGGCCGGGGAGUAAAUCUAUGGGUUUGCAUUCGGAUCAGUCGCUCGUCUCGCCUGACCCGUGGCCGUACGUUAAUGCUAUGAAUGUCAUCUGGUGUCUGACGGAUGUGUACGCCGCCAAUGGCGCGACGCUGUUCAUUCCGGGGUCGAACAAGUGGGAGCGCAGGGUGGAAGUGCCGGACAAUGCUCGAGAGCUUUUGCGGCCGUUUGAAGCCAAGGCUGGCUCGAUCAUCAUCAUGGAUGGGAAAAUGUGGCAUACUUCUGGUGCGAACGUGUCGAGCGAAGAUCGCGCGCUGUUGUUCGGGUACUACACUGCGCCGCAUCUUCGGCAGCAGGUCAAUUGGACGAGGAAGUUGAAUGAAGAGGUGAAGGGCAGUCUGUCCCCGGAGAUGGAAGAGUGGCUUGGGCUCGGUGUCACGGCGAACUUGGGAGAGGCCAUUCUGCACCUCAAGUAUCUUGACGAUCAGUUCGCCACGAACGGCGAGAAGUCAAGCGCCGAUACAGCGGCGGCGUUCAAGGCUUCGUCCCAUUCCAAGUAGUCGCAGGCGUUCACGGAUUGCAGGUGUAUACAUAGAAUGAAGACUUUGGCGGGGAAGGGUCCUGCAAUUGCGGGGCAAAUCGUGGGGAAAAGACUCCACCUCACCCCGUCAUCCAACAGUAGCAAGCUACC